GUCAGGAACGUACAGGUAACGUUGCUAAAGAAGUGAGUCAGCAGAUCUGACGUGAGUCAUUUCGCCUGUUUUCAGCCUGUUUCUUCCCUUGAUUUUGGUGCAAAGAAUUGGAUAUGGAGUCAGAAGAGAAGUUGUUCACACUGUAUCUACUGUUCCUAAUUUGGCUGCACGUGUCAGCUCGGCAUCCGUGUGCAGAAGAUGAGAAGUUGGAGGGAGGAGAGUGUCGGCCAUGUCCUGUGUGCCUGGAUGGACAGCAGCUCAGUACAGUGUGUGGUUACGGUGCCGGGGCUGGUGCAGAGUGUGUUUCCUGCCCUCCAGAUCACUACUCCAACACGGACUCCAACCACAGGUGCACACCCUGCACCAACUGUACCGCCCUCAACGCUGAAUACAGGCAGCUGUGUUCACCUGGAACAGCUGCAGUGUGUGGCACCUGUCUACCUGGACAUGCUGAGACAUUUAAACACUGCCAUCCCUGUGCUGUCAUUCCUAACAACCUGAACUGUAGACAGUGGCUUGCAGAUCAAAUGGCACAGAAAACCACACCUCCACCAGGUUCAGAGGCUAAUGAUAAGAACAAGUCUGUCGUGAUCCCUGUGGUGUCUAGUGGAGUAGUUUUUGUCCUUUGUGUUGGUGGAGUGAUAGUUUUCAUCAUAAUUGCAAAGAAGUGGAAAUGUUCCUCCUGUAAAUCAACAAAAAGAAAGAACCGAGCUCCAGCAAGUUCAGCACCAGAGGAGCACACUCUCCUACCACUGGAACGCCCCAAGCAGCCAUCCAUCCCAGACCAGCCUACACCAUACACAGAUGACCCCUCUGUGACCAGCAACAGUGCCAAUGGUCAUAUUGCUUCUUUAUCACAUGGCGAUGACUCUAACAACUCAUUAGCCGAUCGGACUUUGACCAAUAGAAACAUUACACCUGGACAUGUAGCCAAUGGGAAUAUCCCAUCUGCUCAUAUGGCCAAUGGGAACCUUCCAUCUGCUCCCAUGGCCAAUGGGAACCUUCCAUCUACCCACAUGGCCAAUGGGAACCUUCCAUCUGCUCCCAUGGCCAAUGGGAACCUUCCAUCUACCCACAUGGCCAAUGGGAACCUUCCAUCUACCCACAUGGCCAAUGGGAACCUUCCAUCUGCUCCCAUGGCCAAUGGGAACCUUCCAUCUACCCACAUGGCCAAUGGGAACCUUCCAUCUGCCCAUAUGGCCAAUGGGAACCUUCCAUCUACCCACAUGGCCAAUGGGAACCUUCCAUCUGCUCCCAUGGCCAAUGGGAACAUCCCAUCUGCUCCCAUGGCCAAUGGGAACCUUCCAUCUACCCACAUGGCCAAUGGGAACCUUCCAUCUGCUCCCAUGGCCAAUGGAAACAUCCCAUCUGCUCCCAUGGCCAAUGGUGCUGUUACACGGAAAUUUCCCAUCAGAACCCAUCCGGGACAGACACAGAUUGGAGAUACCCUUCCCAAGUCUGAGGCUCCUUCUGAAGUUGCAGAGAUGGUCGAGACAGAGAAUUUACAAGGAGCAGAGCCUUACACAUCUCUAUCACCUGUAAGGACCUCGCAGCAAAGUGAGGUAUCAGUUGCUCCCAAUCCCUCACCCCUGACCUCAGUGUCAUCAUCACCCAUGGUUACAGCAACACCCGGCAACCGUCAGCACAGCUCCUCCCCCGUCUUAGCCAACCAUGGCAUCCCAGCAUUCCCCAACAUGCCAUACGGGCUCCAGAACUACCACAGUGGGGAGACGUGGCCAAUCAGGGACCAGGAAAUGCCAGAACGACCACCGUAUGAGGGAGCAUCCUUCCUUCCAACCAGUGCCCAGAACAUCGCAUCCUGGAGCCUCCUGCAGGGGGGGACCUCAUCAAGAGCUCCACCAGAUGAUACCAUCAACCCAUCCCCAAGUCUAACUGGCACAGUUUCUGACAGCAGUGAUAUGGAGGACCUUUAUCACAGUCAUCCCUCUGCUACAGAUUUCUCAUCGGUAAACAUGCAGGAUGUAUCACCAAAAAGUCUGCUACGUGAGUGGAGUACGGGUCCCCUGCCGGAAGCUGACGGUGCUCUAUCCACCGACUCUGACCAAUCAGAAGAAGACGAGCCUAGGCGCACUGUGAGACGUCUUCUGGAUGGUGACAGUUUCCUCUCAAACAUUGGAGGAGACCGCUUUGACAGGGGGAGGGAGCUCAGCAUCGACCAAUCAAGAGAGGCCUCAGGACAAGAUACAAGUCCCGGGGGGACACAGAGGGAUGAUGGCAGGAACAGGGCGGCAGGAGCACUGGCUGUGAACAGGCCGGAACCACAGCAAAGCAACAGGCAGAUGAUUAUCGAUGAGUUGAAAGAGUUGAUGGACAAGGCUUCCAAGUUGACGACAGGAGUGACAGUUGGAGACUUGGAUCACAACAUAUGGGAGGCCCUUGCACUGUUUCUGAACCCUGAGCCGAACUCUCCCGGUGUGAAAACAUUGCGUCACUUUGCCCGCGAGUUCCAGAUCGAGGAAACGUCAUCAGGAACUGUCAUGGGCUCUCUGAUGUACUAAUGCAGCUGGAAGUUACUUUACAUACAGUACCUGAAGUUAUACAGGCUUUGUUUAAGAUUAAUAGGUUAGAUGCAGUGAAAAAACUGUGCCAAGAUAUCAUUGACCAGAGUAAACAAAACACUCGUUCAGGACAAUGAGAUUGAACAAUUGUGACACAUAAAAGAUAGUAGCUUGAGUACCAUCCUGGUUAGUUGACAUCUGCUCCCGCAGUCGCUCCCACCACCCAGCGACUGUGGGAGCGGAGGUAAACUAACCAGGAUGGUACCCAGGCUAAAGAGAUAGCACUAACAUGAAAAUGAAAUAUUGCUUUUGUUUGCCAAGAACUGAAUAAUGAUAAGUAAUGCAUUUAGUGGAGGAUAUUUCCUAAUAAUGAUAAUAGCUUGGUCAUACAACAAAAGAUGGUAACACAUUCAAGGAAUUGGUCAAAAAUUUUAUGAUGCAUUGGAACAAUGAUAUUGUGUAUUAAACUUCUCUAUUUGUCAGACUGACAAGUGCACUAUUCUACCACGACUGAUGGUAAAGUAGUAAUAAUUUGGUUGAUGAAGGUACCCAUAGUUGUUAAUAACCUCCUUGUAAUUCCUGUGCCGGAAGCACUUGUGAACCUUGUCAGUGGAAGAUAGGAAUCUAUUUUCCUACUUUUUUAAUUGCUUAUUAGAAAAAUGUAGUCUUGGAAAGACACUUGUUGAAUAUUUGAAACUUGAGACCUUUCUAGUUGUGCAUUUUCAAGAACUUGUUCUUUAUUAUUCAGUUUCUGUACCAAAUUGGGUAUGAUCCUGUUUGUUGCAUUGAAGUAGAAUUAUGGUACACAAGUUGCAAGGGCAUCUGCUAUAGGUGUGCUGGCAAUUAAAUGAGUUCUUGCUGGCCAUAUGAAUAAUAGGCUUGCUGAAGGUAUGCCUUUGUGAGAAAUGACAUGUUAUUGAUAAUGAAAAGGUACAGCUGCACAAAACUAUGUACCACAUGUAUCUCAGGAUUAUGAGAGAACAAAGAUAUAGUAACAAUAUAGAAACAGUAUCUCAGUGAUGAAUACAUGUGGAUAUGCAGAUUGCUAUAUGUAUAUUUAAGGUCAGUGAAUCUCCAGUUGACAUGUUUAAAUUGAAACUAAUAAUUAUUGUUGUAAUUCUGUGCUAGUACAAGAUCUCAAUUUUGAAUUGUCUAUGUUAAUAGAAGAGCAAUAUUGUGAAUCAUUAUCAGUGCCAAUCUUGCUUAUUGAUUGUCUAAUGAUUGAACAUUCUGUAAAAAUAGUGCCUAGGUAAAUCUGGCGGUGGGUCCAGUUCUGUGGUAAAACAGCACUCCUAAACCUUUUCCUAAAGGUUUUUCCACCAUUGUUGACACUAGGAUGCCUGUUUCAUGAUGCAGGUGUAAGCAUAGCUCAUAUGAGCAAUAAAGUUCAUAUAUAUGUCGGAGCAAAUACAUGCAUAUGUUUAUCACAUAUUUUAUGCUUCUCCCUGCCGUCUGACCCCGUAAAAAAAGAGAAUUUUAUGAUACAGCAAAAUGUAUGUGCCUGUGAUAUCAGAUCUUCAUCUUCAUUCAGUUUCUAGGGUUGGGUUAAAUUUAA